GCGAGAUGGCACGUGCCUCCUGUCACAACAACGCUUAACCCAGCAGCGCGCCAGCGCUAGCGCCAGAAAUAAGCGCCAACAGUCAACGCAGAAGGAAGACGGCGAAGAAACUCGACCGCGCCAAGGAUGGUGCCAAGGAAUAUCGUAGAUCAGCUGCUGCACCGUGAAAGAGGAUUUCGGCGGUCAAGAUUCAGAAACACGACGGACGCUACGAGCUUGGCUGAUGAAAGCCUCUUUUGCCUGGUGGCCACCGAGCUGGCGGAGUGGGUGCUGAUCAACCGGCUCAAGACGGAGGAUCUCUGCAAGCCGCUCAACGAUCUGGCCAGUGAAACGGAAUCGGUGUUCAACAUCGAACAGAGCCACGAUGGCAUCUUCACGGCCACAGCACAGACGAACAAAAGUGUUAACGUGUUCCACACACCAUCGAUGAGGAGAGUCGCCAAACAUGACAGCGGCGAACGGUCCGUCUGCACACUGGCAUUUCAUCCGACCAACGCUAACGUCCUUGCGUUCGGAACCCUUGGUGGUAGUGUGUCGGUUUAUGCAAACGACAAGCUCGCGGCCACACUCCAUGUGCAGCAUCCGAUCGGUUCGCUGUGCUUUCAUCCGACGUGCAACUGUCUGCUGCUGACCGCUGUUAACGAGGUGAUCUUCUGGAAUUGGGGCAAUGGUCGUACGUGCGCGGCCGAGAUGCACCCCGACAGUAAGUGCCGCUUUCUCUACGUGACACGCGAUGCACGCCUUAUCACGGGCAUUUCCGGGCAGAGCUUACCAGCGUCACUGGAUAGCGGUGAUAACAAUCUUGAACAGCUGGAACCCGAAUCACUGGUGGAGGCUUUUCUGCGACACACCAAUCGUAUGCUGGAACGGCUCGAGAGAACACUGGACUCCUGCCUUACUAGUAGACCGUACAGUCUAAAUCAGUUGGAGGGCGAACUAGGCGUACAGAUGGGUUUGUGGAUUGUCUUGAUGCAGACGAUCAACCGGAAGCGUGCUGAUUUGCGAUUGCACCGCACACCACGGACAAGCGACAAGUGCAUAACUUCGGAUCUCAAUCUCACGCUUGUUACGUUCAACCGACGAAUCGAUGUACUUCGAUCGGCAAUCUUCCGGAUAAUUGGGCCGCCCGUUUUCACAAUCGAGGAUAUCACGGUGCUGCUGGUCGAGUUUAAGUUGGCCGACCUGCGCACUGAACCGAUGUAUUUCUUUGAAAAGAUAUGCCAACAGUAUAUCUACCGAGACACCAAUCGGUACAUCCAAUACCACUUCGAUCUCAACCUGGUCAGUCAAAUACUGCAGAAAGCCAUCAGUUUGUUCUACAGUUUUGCGCUUAUGGAUUUCACUCGCGAGAUACCGUGGACUAGUAGCGGUGACUACAGUUUACAGUACCUCAGUCUGAUAAGUAAUUAUAAUCACGCAGUCAUACAAAGCCAGCUGUGCGUGCUGCAAGUUUGGGAUCUCGACAGAAUGGACGUGGGCAACGUAGACAGCUUACCCAAUUUCAAAGAAGACUGGAAAAAUGUGAUAACAAAUGGUAUCAUAAACAUUGAUUCUAACGUGGCCAUCUCACAGUGCGAGAAGUUCGUAGCAUCGGUGAGAUUCCGAUCCGUGAAAGAGCUGGAGAUACGCAGCUUGCAGCGGGAUAACUUUGGCGAGCAGGUGUUCCUGUUUAAAUUUGUGAUCAACUUUGUGUCACUCUCAUUCUCGCCGUCGGGUCGGUACAUUAUCGUUGGGGUACGAUGCACUCGAAACCAAAAAUAUGCCUACAUCUUGGAUAGAGGAUCUCGGUGGCGGAUGGGAAGCCGAUCCAAGGCCGGUUCAAUAUUGCACGAUGACGGAGCAAGGCUUGCGCUGCGUUUACCGACGACGCCGGAUCGCUAUCGUGAGAUCAAUUGCAUUAAAUGGGCAACCCUUCCCGGGUACGGGCUGCUGGUGGGGUUGAAAUCCAAGUUCAUACAAAUCUGUCGGUAGUGUCUGUUAGAGCGCUCUUCGAGUUAAUCUUCGGAUAAGAGUGGAAAAUAACUGCGCCGGUAACCGCAUAUUUAAUAGACCAAACUGAACGGUUUCAUGCGUAAGCCGUCGCUAUGUGGUAUCUCUGUGUUAAAUUGUAGUCGUUUUAAAUAAAUAGAAAUAACCUUA